UAACGAAUUGUCACAUAAUUUAGACCAACAUUUGUACAUGGUAGUUCUAUGUACGAUAGAAGGGGAGAACAUUGACACAGUUUUUUGACAGUCGGAAGUUUUUGACUGAAAAAAACCCCACCCUGUCAAUGUUCUCUGCUUCUAUUGCACGUAGAACUACCAUUUUAGUAUAGGUUUGUUCCUGAGAAAAUCCUACAAAUUUUGAUAUAAGCUAUGAGGCAAUUUGUUAUUGAUAAAGGUGUUACUUACUCGUUUGAAUUUUCUCUUGUGUUGACUUUCGUCGCCAUUUUUUUCCCCGGGUAAUAGAUCAUCGUAAUUCGUAACCGUGGUAUUGCUGCCAUAAUCUCGACUGAGAUUCGGCUUGGCUGAAUAUUUUGACUGACGCCUUCACCGAAUCUCGGAGCAAUCCUUCAUAAUUCAUGUUGGAAAUCGGCCGGUUCUAGCAAUUAAUGUGCACUUAGUUGACACUGCUGUUAGCUUCAAAUAAGUGAUUUGACUGUUAAAUCAACUCUCUAUUACUAUUAAUUUUGCAUUGCUUACCGUCUAGGUAAUCCUAAAAUGAAAAGAGUCCCUAAAUUUUCCGUUCAAUUAAACGAUGACAUCCAUAGCACAAUAUUUUAUCUACUGAACUUGAAGAGUUCCUAUAGUCUGUAUUAUCUAGUUACUGAUACAUUGUAUCUCAACAUACCGUCUUGUAUAUCACUAAUCUAAAAAAAAAAUAAACUAUUGGAAAUCUUCAAUUUCGGGAGAUAAAAUAUUGCGCCAUGGAAGUCAUAAUUUGAAAAUAGAACGGAACAUUUAGUAAUAGUUUAUUUUUUGGAAUUUACAUACUUGGAGCUUUGAUAGUGACAUAGAUUUGGUUUAAUAGUCAAGUAACUUAUUUGAAGCGAACAGCAGUGUGAUCCAAGUGCUUAUUAAUUUCUAGAAUGGGCCGAAGCUGAAAGUAAAUUUCCAGACAUGAAUUAUGAAGUACUGCUCCGAGAUUCUGUGAAGGCGUCAGUCCAAAUAUUCAGCCAAGCUGAAUCUCAGCCGAGAUUAUUGCUGCCAUGGCUUUUGAUUGGAUGGUUCACAUCAAAACAGGACAUUUUGUUAUUUGCUCAAUGUAAACGCGAAAAAUUCAACAUGACAACUAAUUGCCAUCUUGUAAUUUUGUAUGUAGAUUCAUCCAAUAACAGGUAUCCAAGCCAAACCUGCUGUUAGGGACAUCGUUCACUCCUUUGAUGCACUAGUACCUGAAAAUCUAAAUUCAGCAGAGAUGCUGAGACGCCUUGAGACAGUGACAGAUUAUAAAAGAAUACACAACUUGGAUGUGCACAGACAAAACCAUUUACAAAAAGACAAAGCGGAAUUAGAUUACCAAAGAGAAAGGCGUAUUCAAGAAAUUCAACUUAGCAAACGUAAAUUUGUUAGGAAAUAUCAUAAAUAUUUGUUUCGAAAUAAAAAUGAAGACAGGAAAGGUUCGGCUACAAAUAAAGAUGAUGUCAAAGGAAAAAUAAAAAUAGAAGUACAUCUUCCAACUGUGCGACUGGAGCGGGAGAACACUUUUUUCUCUUCAGAUGACAUUGUUUUAAGUGAAAGUGAGACUGAUGACGAUGGCAGUGACGUAGUGUCAAAGCAGCGAUCAACAGAAAGGAGGCAGAGAAAGACCAAAGUGAUGACGGUAAGACCGAUGUCGCUUUCUUUACCGGAUAUUAACGAAAACGCAGCUUUUACGUGGAGUAGUAGUUCUGUUGAAAGUGGAAUCUCUGGAAAUGAACGCACACCAACCCCUCGCGAACGGAGCGGCAGCUUAGGUGCCCUGGCGAGACCACUUCAAGGAAGCGACCACCAGGUAAAUCCUAGGGACAUACAUGUACCACCAUUUAGAGACAGAAGUCAAAGCUUAGCUGGAUUGACACGCUCUCAAACGCAAUUUCCAAAAAUUAAGGAAGAACCACAACCAUAUUUACGAACAAGAAGCAACAGUUUUCACACUAUAGGCCUUCUUCAGAAAAUGGAUGGAAAUGAUUUUGAAAAGAAGACUCUUCGUCGCAUGUCCCAAGCUAAUACGGGAAUGUUAAAGUUCAAGUACUUUGCAAAAUUAAUGACCCAUAGCAUUAGAGAACUCAAGGAAGAGUUGUCCGACGACGAUCCAAAAGCGUCUGAUGAUAAGCAGGGUCUUUAUAGAGAAAUGUCGGCUUGUCGGUACCUUAGAAUUCCGUCAGAGGAUGAUUAGUGUGCACAUUGGAUAGGACAGACAAAUUACAAGUAAUUCAUGAAUACGGGUUAAACUCAGCAAUGAAGUUUCAAAUGUUCUAAUGAUCGGAGUAAAUUGAAUUUACUGUAUUUCUUUUCAAUUCAGUGCACUAUGAUUACCCCCAAAGAUGUUACUUAUGAAAUAAUUUGAAACCAACUCUACUGUCACUGUUUCCACUAAAGAUGAAUCUCCAUUAUCGCAUUGCUUGUAUCAAGUCUUCAACUUUUUGAAAAUACUUUCAAGUUGAAGGCACUGGAUACCCGAGGUCCGUUUUAUGAAAUAUAAUACAACUACGACUGGUAUUUUUUAUUCGUUAAAAUUGCCAUCCGUGUGUAAAAUUUGGGAAAAUAAUGUUUAUGUAUUAACUUCUUCAUCUCUUUAGAAACCCAUAAAUGGAAAAAAUAAAACAGUACACUUGGAAAAAACACAAUAUGAAAUUAAGUAAACUUGAUCUUAAGUCGUAAGAGCCUUUGUAAAAUGCGACCCUGGCAUCUAUUACAUUAAAAUGAAAUAAAAUUAGUUACUGCAUUUUAUAAAUAUGACAUUGAUGAAAGGACCAUAUCGACGUUAGUCUAAUGGAAAUAAGGUGCAUCAAUAUGAAAAUUACAUAUAAAUGAAAAUAAAAGUAAAUCGGUGUCUUUGAAAACUACAGGUAAUGGGGAUUUGAAUAAUCAUAAUGAUAAUAUUGUGCAAAGAUAUACGAUUUUCUUAUGUAUACUGUAAAAUGGAAAUCACAUUUUCAAAUUUUAAAGCCAAAUCGAUAGUUUUCAUUGAGUUCGAAAUUAAAUUGUAUCUCAAAACAAUAAAAUACCACGUUUUUGUUUGUU